GACAGUUUAAAUUCUAAAAAAAGUUACCGGAUUUCAAACGGUUUUUAUAGUGUUUCAAGCCCACGGAGCUGCAACGAUUCUACUACUCCUUUUUGGCAGCAUUCCCUUGGACGCGGAUUACAUAAAGCGAACGACGAACAGCGUGCACCACAAAAAGAUUGUGAUGCUGUGAAGAUAAACCCGUGCUGUGGUGGUUAUUAUUACUUACUCUCAAGUUGCAGUAAAUUUGUCCUGGAUGUCCUUUUCUUCAAGUAAUAAAAUGGCUCAUAACAUUGAGCCUAUGGAUAUAGAUAUUAAUAGUGAUUUUGACAAUAAGGAAAAUAGUAUUCAUCACAGUAAUGUGUAUCCACGAACUCCAUGCACUGAAAAGGGAUAUGAAGAAUUAGAUGUGUCAGAACUAAACAUGAAAUUGAGGUAUUCAGUGACACCAACUUCUUCACCAAUGUCAAAAAGUUAUACUGCAAAUAGCAUUGAUAAUAAAAGUUUUGAUUUAAAUGGAGAUGUUUUGAAUGCUAAUUUAACUCGCUCUUUUAAUUCUACAUUAUCAAAGAGUGAUGCGGUUACCAAAUCUAGUAAGUUAUUACCAUUACAACCUAUUUCUGCAGACCAAUUUAUAGACAAUAUUCGAAGUACAUCAUUUGUAAAAACUUUAGAGUCUACACAGACUAUUGAGGCAGGUGAUAUUACUGUUACAGUCACAAAUGACAAUUACUGUAAUUUGGAAACGCCUAGCUUGUCAUCAUCAACAGUUGAUACCCCAGAAGUUACCACACCUACUAAGGAAUUACCUAGAAGUGAUGGUGGGUCACCUAUAAUGAGGGGUCUCAAAAGUGUCCUUAAUAUGUUCCGAUCAUCACAGAGCCCAAUACCGCCUGCUGAAAGUGGAGAUGACAUAUCAAAGCAAGUAUUAAGUCCCAGUGAUGUUAUUUCUCUAGAUUCUGUUGCUCAACCAACACAGUCAGUUUUAGCGUCAACACCAAUAACUAAAGAAAAUGCUUCUAAAAGAAACAGUCCACUCAAAGAGAGCAUAAUAUUUAAUGAUGACUUAGAGAAAGAACUCUUGUGGAAAGAUGAAACUACUAUACUUUUUAGUCAAGAAAAGAUUCCAAUUCACAAACUGUUUUAUCAACAACCCUUAAAUACUGUAAUGGAUCCUAGCAAACCAAAUACUGAAGAAAAGUCCAUUAUUGAAAAUAAUUUAAAUGAUUCUGUUGAAUAUAUGGAUAUAUCCUGUAAUGAUUUUAUUACUAAAGACCAUUUAUCAAAAGUUCAUUCUGAGGAACAGCUAGUAGGUGAAUCUGAUGGAGAAUUUGUGGAUUGUGAGACUACAUUCACUAAUGAUAAAAGUGGAAUGGUAGAUACCAAUGAAAUAAUAAAUAAUGCAAUGUUAGAAAGUAAUCCUAUUUCACAGAGUGAUUUGAAUUCCACUGUUCAGUCCUUACACCAAAAUGAAUUCUCUGCAAUUAGCAACAAAGAAAAUAGUCUUUCAGCAAGUUCCAAUAAGACAGAGAGUAAUAAUAUGUCUUAUUCCAAAAAUGAAGAAGUGUCAAAUUCUAUAGCAAUGGAAAAGUCAAACAUAGAAAAACAUGAAAGUGCAGUAAAUGAUGAGGAGUCGAAAUUGAUGAACCAAGGGCUUAUCAGUACUAUAAAUGCUUCACUGCAAAAGGAACAUAACUUUAACGUGACAGAAAAACAAGCUGUAGUAAUAUCUGAAUUUGAAAAUAAAGAUAUUAAAUUGCUAGCAAUCAAUGAACAAUUUCACAAUACAAUGUGUAAUAGUCCUCAGUUUAAUGUGACAUCAUUGCAAGGAGAUUCUUUUCAAAACUCAGAUUCAGAUAAAUUCGGCCUACAAGAUUCUUUGAAUGAAAUCAUUGAUAAAAAUUCACCUGAAUUUAAUCAAAUUUCUAUAGAAGUGUUAAAUGAAAAAAAUGUUUCACCAUCUGAUGAACAUACAAAGAUGGUUGGAAUUGAAAAAGAUAGCAUUGUUCCUGCUAAUAUUCCUUUACCUGAUGAAGAUUGCUUUGAAUUUGAAACACAAUCAAAUAAAGAUGUUUUGCCAAAUACAAAAUUAAAUAUAAAUCCAUCUGAUAUUCAUAAAGUAGUUUUUGAUGGUCAAUUAGAAAGUUUGGCAUGUGCUGACACUAUGCCAAUAAAAUCUUUGACUUCACAUGAAUCACAAGGCGAAAACAAAACGAUUAAUGUCAACAUUGAUGGAAAUCUAGUGACUAAUACUUAUAUUCAAGAAAGUAAUGUAAAAGAUGCCACAAUCUCAAUAUCUAUACAUGAAAAUAACGAUUUUGGAGCUACUGACAUAGGUGAUGUCACUCAACAAUUAAUUAAAAAUAUUGAUGACAUUGUAAGAAAUGCUGAAUGUAUAGUUCAACAUCAGCAAACUGAAAUGACUGUAAUGUCGAAUAAUGUGGAACUACAAUUGGCCGAUGAUUUUCAGUCAGAAAAUGUACCACUUCCAUGUGAAUCGUCAUCAGACAAUCAAAACGAUGCUGUCAUUUAUGCCCUGCAAACUGAACUGACAGGUCUCGGUAUGGAAGUUUUAAAUAAAUCUGUCUGUCUAGAAGCAUGUAAUAAAAAGAAUUCUGAUGUCAAUAAAGAAGAUCAAUCAUUAAAUAUUGACAAACAACUUUGUGAACAAAGUUCUCAUGAUGUUGAAAAAAUGGUGUAUCCAGAAAAUGAACAAAAUAAUAUUGUCCCAAUCAUUAAUAAUAAUUUGCUAUCUUUGUCAAAUAAAAAUGAACCUGAUGACAGUUGUUCUAAACCGAAACAUUCUGUUGAAGAAACAAUAAUUACACACCAUGAUAAUAUGGAAAAUAUCUUUGAAGCAACUCGAGAUAUUAAUAAGGAAGCAAAAUCGGAAUUAUUACCAGAUGUUAUAUCUGACACAAUGUGCAUGCCAGAUAUACGUUUAGUUGAUGGAGAUAAAGAUACUGUAACACCAAAUGAUAUAGAAAGUGCUCAAGCAAACUUCACUGAAAUAAAAGCAUAUGAAGAAAUAUUGAGGAACAAAGAUGAAAUAGAAGUUAAUAUUGAAGAGGUUAUAUUAUCUGAAGACAACAGCCCUUUUGUAUCAAUAGCUAGUCCAGUUAACUGCACUGAGAAACAGCCUCUAAGUUUUAAAGAUGAGACUGCAGUUACUAUUACAACAGAAUUUCCUUCAUCUCCACCAAUUUCACCAAAAAUUUCUUCAAAGGGUUAUAAUUUUAAUUUUGAUGAAAUAGAUGAUCCGUUUGCUACUAAAACAAAGAUCAGAUUAUCACCCCCACCAGAUUCUCCUAAAGAAAAUGUUCUCAAAAAAGUUGAAAAGACAGUCAUCAAAAGAGAUAUGAAUACAAAGAGACGUAAAUCACUACAAGAACGAAAUAAUUUAAAUCAAAAAGAUAUAAAUAAUAAAAAAUUGCCGGAUAACAUGCCUAAAUUAGAUAAUGAAAUUGUGAAGUCUCUAGAUUCCAUCUCACAAGCAAUCUAUUUAAAGACUCAAAGUAAGGCUUUAAACAAACAAAUUACAGAUAACCCUGAAAAAGGUAAUCUGAUACAGGAUAUUGAACCAGACUUACAUUCAAAUCAAGUAGCAGAUAAAAUUGUAGCCACAAAGUCUGUUGAAAACAAUGCAUUAAAUGAAAAACACGCUUCUGACAAUAGUUCGGAAGUUGUAAUUAACGAAGAGAAUACUUUAUCAGUGGAAUCGGUAAAUAGCUCAAAUGACGUUAGAAAUACUUCAUCGUCUGAACAAUCGACUUAUUAUUCCGCUAACAUGUCAAAUGAAGCUGCCAGAAAUGUAUUCAAUAUUCCUGAAAUUGACGACGUGAAUUUCAAUCCAUUUUUAGCUAAACCUAAAAUGCGUGAAUCCCCGGAAACUUGCAACAAUGACAGUUUCAAUUCAAAGUGUAAUGAUUCAUUCAAUGAUUAUUAUCAAGGCAAUAAAUCACCAGAAGCAUUAGAUGAUAAAGAUUGUGCUAAUAUCAGUAACACUACAUGUUCUUCAAAAUCUACAGAAGAAAAAGAUAUAACAGUUAGAGAAGUUCACACAGAAGAUGAAGAUACGAUUGAAGGCCCUUUUUUGGAAACUGAAGGUUUAAAUAAUGUUGAUAAAAUGUCAGACUUUGAGGCUGAUGACGUAGAUAUGAUGCAAUUUUCAGAAUUACCGUCGCAGGGUACUGAAGAACAAUUGGAGGGUGGAGAGAUGUUUAUUGAUGCAGAAGCGUUUGAAUUCCUAUUAAACCAAAACAAAAGUAAUGAUGUUUCGGACAGUGGUAAAGAAAGCUUAUUUCUCAAAUUUGAUCCAUUAUUUGCAAAACGGGUGUCAACUGGUGGUGUUAUAGCUGCUUUGAGCAAAAUUCAGAAAAAACAAAGCACUCCUAAAAAUGUAUCAGUAGCCCAACAAUUAGAUAUUACUUUUGAGAAAUCAGAUCUUGGUCCGUCCACUUCAGGUGCACCUCAAAAACCAAAUCUUCUUGAGUCGGCUGAAGAUUAUACAGAUGAUCCUAAUGCAGCUGUAUCGAAACCGAUGAUGGUAGUAACUCCUGCAGUUAAUCCAAUUGUCGCACAUAGAAAUAAACUUGCUGCUACUCCUACAAGCUCGAAUAGGCGCUCUAUCACAUUCACUUCUCCUGCCAUUGCUGUUAUUGAUAGACUCCUUUCGCUGAGCGGUAACAACUCAUUGCUUGGUCAUGACAGUACCAUAACUCAAGCAAACAGAGAACAAGAUGAAGCCGACCACGCCUUAAGACAACUCCGAGAAUUACUGGCAGAAAAAGAAAUAAAUGUUUAUAAUUUGAGAUCUGAAAGUAAAGAAUUAAAAAACAGGUUAUCCAGUUUGGAAUCUCAAAUGCGAACACUAGAGACUGAGAGUGAAGAGAGGCUGAGAAAGAUAAACGACUUAAACGAAAAACUUUCUGAAAAAACUAAACUCAAUAAAAGUAUGGCAUUAGUUGUUGAAGAAUAUGAAAGAACGAUUGCCAGCUUGAUAGCAGAGAGCGAACAAGAUAAAAGACAUCACAAUGAAGAGAGAUUAAAACUAAUCAAAGAAAGAGAUGAGCAUACUAAACACUUGGCUAGUAUGGAGGUUUCAUUCAAUGAUUUACAUAGUAAAUACGAAAAGAGUAAGCAAAUUAUUAUGACUUGUAAAGCUAAUGAAGACACAUAUAAAAAGUCUAUUAAAGAUUUUGAAGAAAGUCUGUCUAAAAUGCAAUCAAACUAUGAACUAUUGAAACAGCAUGCUACCACAAAGUUGAAUCAUGCAAACCAAGAAUUGGAAAAAAUGAAUCGCACCCACGAAGCAGAAGUGUUAAAAUUAAAUGCAAUGAUAAAAAGGAAAGAAUUGCAUAUAACAUCUCUUGAAGAAACUCUAGCUCAGAAAACCAAAGCAAACGAGGAGCUGACGGCGAUAUGCGAUGAGCUCAUAAAUAAAGUAGGCUGAACUAAUUUUAGGCAUGUCCAAACAUUUGCUUUGUAUUACAGUAUCUGUGAUCUAGACCGUUAUUUCAGACUUGUUGCUUGUGUUCUUAUCGUAUGAUAGGUGCAUUAAGUGCGAACUCGUCUUUUAGUCACUUAUCAUCAUGUGCCAAAUAAUUAUGUGCCUAUUUAAUUAAUUCCUGUUUGACUAUUUAAAGACUGCUUAAUGUGAUAAAAAAGAAAAAUACUCUCAAAACAAUCAUUGUUAGAUAUUUCAGUCGGUAUACAUUUUUUAAAUGGUUUAGGCAUAUCUAUACGUUUGCCGUUAUGCUGGUCAUAGCGUAAAUGUGUAUGAUCACAAACCAAAUUCAUAAGAGUUAUAAGGAGCUAAUAGGUAAUUAAUAUAUUUUCACAGGAAGGCAUCAAAAGCCUUGACUUUGCUAGAUUAAAAAAAAUAUUUUUGGUAUCAUGUUUUCAUAUUUAAAAGAUAUUUUUGUACAUUUAUCGGAAUCGUUCCUAGGUAAAGUUUUUCUAUAGUUUUUUAACCAUAUCGCUGUUGAAGUAAAUGCACGAUUGUAGAUGGAGAUAGAGGUCAGCCAUUCUUAUAUAUAAUUAUGUUAACAAUUAUUAUGAUUAGUCCAUAUUUCUUAUGAAUUUUUGUAUUUUUAAUAAACACUUGACAUUAUAACAGUUAUUGGUAAUAAUAUAUAUUAAUUAUUUUCUAGUUGGAUUAGUUGUAAAUGCAAGUCGUUGCUAGAUAGACAAAAAUAUGUUAAAGUAAAAAAUGUGAGUUAGGUACUUUUUUCAUACAUUACUUAUGUUGAUAGGUACGGUUUGUUUCUCUACAUGUAUGGAUAUUUAAUAGUAAUGAUAUAGUUAAUAAAGUUGACGUUUAUUA